CACACACACACACACACACACACUCACACACACAGCAAACUCGCUGCUCAGCCAGCCAGUCAGUCCUCCUCUGCAACUUUUGCAGACUCCACUCCGCGGACAUGUCGCACCAUCGCUGACGACAACCUGUCAUCGUGGCUCAUCCCAGGAGCCUGCAGAGAAGAAGCCACGCCGGAGAUCAGCGGUCAUCUCCUCCCUGGCAGCGGAACCACGGUUCAAAGACGCCCCGGACGGGAAUUAUGAGCGUUUUUCCCCACUAAUGAACCGGGGCCAGUAAUGCAGGAGACGUCUCUCGUUCAAGAUGGCAGAUUUUUAUUGAGUUUUGAGCGGAAGUCUGCAUUUAUUGUUUGCCAUGAAUAACAGAAAGCCUUGCACCGAUGGCCCCUGUAUACGAAGGUAUGGCCUCGCAAGUGCAAGUGUUCUCCCCUCACACUCUUCAGUCAAGUGCCUUCUUUAGCGUGAAGAAACUGAAGGUGGAGCAGAGUUGCAACUGGGAUAUGACAGGGUACGGCACGCACAACAAAGUGUACAGCCACAACAGCAGCAAGAACGUGUCGGCCCUGAGCGGCCCCCUCGGCGUUAACAGCUCCCUGCAGGUGGCCAGCUCCACCCUGCCCUACGAGCAGGCGCUCAUCUUCCCAGCCAGCGCAGGCCACAUUGUGGUUGCCUCAGCCAGCAGCACUUCAGGGGCCAUAGGCUCUUUGCUGGGCAGCGGGGGUGGAGGCAGCAACGGCAGCGGAGGGGGCGGCGGGGGAAGCGGGGUUCACAAUCUGACCCGCCGCAGCACGGUCAGUCUCCUUGACACCUACCAGCGAUGUGGGCUUAAACGCAAGAGUGAGGAGCUUGACAACAACAGUAGUGUGCAGAUAAUAGAGGAGCACGGUCCACUGAUGAUCCAGAACGGAGCAGCCAGUGGCGCCACAGUGGCUACCGUGGCCACCGCCGCCUCCACGGCAACGUCUAAGAACAGCGGCUCCAACAAUGAAGGGGACUACCAUCUGGUGCAGCACGAGGUGCUCUGCUCCAUGACCAACACCUAUGAAGUUCUGGAAUUCUUGGGACGAGGGACUUUCGGGCAGGUGGUUAAGUGUUGGAAGAGGGGUACCAACGAGAUCGUGGCAAUCAAGAUCCUAAAAAACCACCCGUCGUACGCGCGGCAGGGUCAGAUUGAAGUCAGCAUCCUGGCACGUCUCAGCACGGAGAGCGCGGACGAUUACAACUUUGUGAGGGCCUACGAGUGCUUCCAGCACAAGAACCACACGUGCCUGGUGUUUGAGAUGCUGGAGCAGAACCUGUACGACUUCCUGAAACAGAACAAGUUCAGCCCGCUGCCGCUUAAAUACAUCCGACCUGUGUUACAACAGGUGGCUACAGCGCUGAUGAAGCUGAAGAGUCUGGGUUUGAUCCACGCCGACCUGAAACCGGAGAACAUCAUGCUUGUGGAUCCAUCUCGUCAGCCCUACAGGGUGAAGGUCAUUGACUUUGGCUCAGCAAGCCAUGUGUCCAAAGCGGUGUGCUCCACGUAUUUACAGUCCAGAUACUACAGGGCUCCAGAAAUCAUCCUGGGUCUGCCCUUCUGCGAGGCAAUAGACAUGUGGUCCCUGGGCUGUGUGAUAGCUGAGCUCUUCCUGGGAUGGCCUCUCUAUCCUGGAGCCUCGGAGUACGAUCAGAUCCGGUACAUCUCACAGACUCAGGGUCUGCCUGCAGAGUAUCUGUUGAGUGCAGGGACAAAGACUACCAGGUUCUUCAACAGAGACCCCGAGUCCACCUACCCUCUUUGGAGACUGAAGACUCCUGAGGACCAUGAAGGAGAAACAGGGAUCAAGUCCAAGGAGGCACGCAAGUACAUCUUCAACUGCUUGGAUGAUAUGGCCCAGGUGAACAUGACGUCAGAUCUGGAGGGGAGCGACUUGCUGGCAGAGAAAGCCGACAGGAGGGAGUUCAUCGACUUGUUAACCAAGAUGCUGACCAUAGACGCAGAUAAGAGGAUCACGCCUAUUGAAACGCUCAACCACCCCUUUGUGACUAUGUCGCAUCUCCUCGAUUUCCCGCACAGCACACAUGUGAAAUCAUGCUUCCAGAAUAUGGAGAUCUGCAAACGCCGCGUCAACAUGUACGACACUGUCAACCAGAGCAAGACGCCCUUCAUCACCCAUGUGGCCCCCAGCACCUCCACCAACCUCACCAUGACCUUCAACAACCAGCUCAACACUGUGCACAGCCAGGCCACCAACCUGGCUCCCUCCUCCACCAACAAUGCCACCCUUUCCUUUGCAAGUCCUGAUGUCUCCAUACUAAACUACCAAUCUGCACUCUACCAGCCCUCCGCUGCCUCCAUGGCAGCUGUGGCCCAAAGGAGCAUGCCCCUGCAGACGGGGGCUCCUCAGCUCUGUGCUGCCCGGCCCGACCCCUUCCAGCAGGCGCUCAUCGUCUGUCCUCCUGGCUUCCAAGGGCUGCAAGCAUCUCCUUCCAAGCACAACAGUUACUCCAUGCGGAUGGAGAAUGCUGUUCCCAUAGUGACGCAGCCCCCCGGUGCCCAGCCUCUGCAGAUCCAACCUGGCCUCCUUACUCAGCAGACUUGGCCCAGCGGCACCCAGCAGAUCCUGCUGCCUCCGGCCUGGCAGCAGCUCACUCACACCUCAGUCCAGCAUGCCGCCGUCAUCCCGGAAUCCAUGAGCAGCACACAGCCUCUGGCCAGCUGGAGGAAUUCGCACCCUCAUGGCAGCCAUUACAAUCCCAUCAUGCAGCAGCCAGCCUUGUUGGCUGGCCAUGUCACGCUCCCAUCCAACCAGACGCUCAAUGUUGGAGUUGCUCAUGUCAUGAGGCAACCCUCAUCCAAUAGCAACACCUCUUCCAAAAAGAACAAACAGCACCAGAAUUCUGCCAGGAACACGUCAGCCUACGAGGUGUCAUCCUCUCAGGCGGUGCUGUCGCCACAGCGCUCCAAGCGGGUGAAGGAGAACACGCCCCCGCGAUGCGCCGUGCUUCAGAACGGCUCUGCCACCAUCUGCCCUCCCUCGCAGGGCUGCGGGGGCGGAGGGUGGGGCGCCAUGGAGGCAGAGCAGGCCACCAGCACAACACGCGGCAAUUCGAACCAACAGCACGUGCCCAGACAGACCAUCAUCAUCCCCGACACGCCCAGCCCUGCAGUCAGCAUCAUCACCAUCAGCAGUGACACAGAUGAGGAGGAUGACCAUAAACAUAACAAUGGCUCCUCUUCUAAGCAAAGGAAGAAUGUUAUCAGCUGUGUGACUGUCCAUGACUCACCUGACACCGACUGUUCCAUCAACAACAGCCCUUACGCUGUGGAGUCCAGACCCACCAACAACAACAACAACAACAGCAGCUACGACACAAAGACCACCAUCCUGGACAAUUACAACAACGGCAACCCGCGCACCAUCAUCAUCCCCCCACUCAAAACCCAGACCAGCGAGGUUGUGAAUGAGUGUGAACGCUUGAUGCCAGAUGCAAUGAAUCAUCAGAAUUCCACAUACAAGUUCAAAUCCUCCAAUGGAGUGGUCUCUGGCAAUAAUCACAUCCCAGGAGGUGUGACCGCAUCGUACCGACAACAGCGCUCAGGGCCGCACACCCUUCAGCAGCAGCCUCUUAAUCUCAGCCAGGCCCAGCAGCACAUGGUAGCAGACCGAAAUGGAGGUCACCGCCGCCAGCAGGCCUACAUCACCCCCACCAUCGCUGCUCAGGCCCCAUACUCCUUCCAUCACAACAGCCCCUCUCACACGGGCAACGUGCACCCACACCUGGCAGCCACACACCUACCCAGCCAGCCCCACCUCUACACCUACACCGCCCCCGCCGCUUUGGGUUCCACAGGAACCGUGGCUCACCUAGUGGCAUCGCAGGGCUCGGCCCGCCACACAGUCCAGCAUGGGAGCUACCCACCAAGCAUUGUACACCAGGUUCCGGUCAGCAUGGGCCACCGUGUGCUGCCCUCACCCACCCUGCACCACAGUCAGUACCAGGCUCAGUUUGCCCACCAGGCCUACAUCAGCGCCUCGCCUGCCUCCACUGUCUACACUGGAUACCCACUGAGCCCCACCAAGGUCAACCAGUACCCUUACCUCUAGAGAAGACACUGGAGAGGCUGACCCAGCGCUGCUGCUUCCACACACACACCAAUCAUACUUAGCCCAAUCUCCAGCCUACAUCCCCUCAACCUCGCUUAUGAACAGAGACCGAGGACUUUGCAAUCCUCAUGAAACAGUCCCAUAUAACUUGAAGACAUGACAGAAGGAAGAAGAAAAAAAAAGAUUCACAGUCGCUCUUUAAGGGAAAGAAAGGGGUUGGAUUAGAGGGUCGCAUUUCAAGAUGAUUUCUUUCGAUUGUUUUUCGCUGAAAAGGGCCAGUUUUGCUUUUAUUUGUUUGAUUUCACUUCACUUUAUGAGGAAAGUAACGUCCCAUUCGUUUUUGCAAGGAGGUUUCGGGACAGACAGCGGAGGAUUUCUGCUUUGUUUUUCUUUUAUUUGCCCAUCUUAACUGUGGGUAGGGGGCUGCUGGGUAGGGGUCACUGACUGGAAGUUCGGAAUCCCAAGAUAAUUGGGUGAAGGUGAAAUACGGAAACCUGCUGCUCUUCAAAGAUAACAAAAUAUCGAUGGCCUUGAACUGUCUUAAUAUUUCCACACUUUUGGUGUCGGGAGAAAAGAGAGGCAACUCCCUCCACUCCACCUCUUCGAGCCGAGGAGGCUUCUGGAAAUAUAACCAACAAAAGACAACAAACUUUUCUAAUGUAUUUAUAGAUAUUUUCCUUUUCUGUUUCUCAAUACUUCGGUUUUAGCGAUAGGUGUCUUAGCUGGGCCCCAUUCAUAGAAUGUAGCAGUCUGCACCAGUUUGUUUCCAGAUCUCCAAGAAACCUUCUUUCCUGAUACCAAUAGAUUGAUUUGUUCCGAUUAUUUUUUAAUGUGAUUGCACAAACUGGUUAUAAUAACAUAGGCAUGUACAAUGUGAUUGUGUGUGUGCGUGUGUGUGUGUGUGGGGGGGUGUGUGCUACUGUCAGCCAUGUGUGUAGUCCACCUUCUUUUAGGUUUUGUUCCCUCGUAGUGCCUUACAGAUGUAACAACGCAGUUUACUCACGAAGCCACACAACACAUCGGAGAGACACAAAAGACGUGUUGUCCUGGUUUGACGGGCUUGUGAGGGGAUACAGUAGCUCUCUUCCAGGUGUAGCCUCUGCUCUUGCUGCAAUGCAUGCUCUUAAAGACAGCUUACUACCGUAUAGAUGAGGAUGAUUUAUGACAGAGCUCUUUUAUUAUGUGUGCAUGAGACAACUUGCCAGGGGUACUUACCAAAGUCAUUGAUAAAUCCUUAAACGCAAAUGUGAACUCAGAAUUUAGUUAUCCAAUACAAAGAUGGGCCUUUGACUAAAUGUAUUGGUCGACUAGGUGUCAGAUUAGCCGAUGUUUUUUAAAUGUUAGUUUUUAUGGGAUGUGGGAAUUGCUCUUUGAAUGUUCUGAACUCCUGUUUCAAUACCAGUGUUGUAUUGAGCAGAAGGCUGCUGCCUGGAGAAGGUAUGUCACAGCAGUGGCCUGCAUGGACGUCCUGUUCAUGUCACUAUAUUCUUUGAUUAUUAGGCCAAUUCAUGGUAGCCUGUUUCCGCCGCUGAAAGAAUUAAAAUAUCCGAACGUUAAGUCAUAAUUCUGCUAUAAAUAGAAAAACUUAAGACAUAAAAAGUCCUAAUUAUGAGAUAAAAAGUCAAAAUUACAAAAUAAAAAGUCAAAAUUAAAUAAAAAGUAAUAAUUAUGACACAAAAACGGAAACAUAAUAUUUUAAUAAUUUUGGACUUUCUGAACUUAAGUAAGACAUAUUUAAUUUUGGACAUUUUGGACUUACUUAACCCUAACCCUAAGAAAAAUAUGUACUUAAGCACAAAAUUAUUAUUAUUCAUAACCUGGGCAGAUUAUGACCUAAAGUGAUUUAUUAUUUCUCACAGUGGUAUGCCACUUAAGUGGCGCAGUUUCACAAAAAAAAUGUUUUAAAUUAAAAUUUAAAAAAAUGUAAAUCCUCAAUUUGAUUCAAACUUGUUUCAAUCAAGUUUAAAUGAAAAAAUAAUCACUUUCAAUCAAAAUUAGCCCAAGAAAUGUGUACCUUUUGGCUUUUUAGUACAUCCCUAUAAAGGAUGUAGAUGCAGUGUUUUCCACAGGACUGCAAUCUAUUGACGGCACUGGUGGUGAGUGGGGCAAGAUGGUGGGGGGGUGUUGCAAUCAUUGAAUUUGCAUAAUUGGCCAUGUCGCAUUUGCAAAAAGUGAGUGAAAAUCAUGAAAAACAAAGCAAAUAUGUUUAGAACUACGCAUGAACAUUUCUUCCGAGGCUAAACAAAUAAGGCGGAGCCGCCUGUGAGAGCUUUUAGAUGGGGGAGGGGCCCACAGCAGCACUCGCUGCACCUUGAGUACAGCGUUACGUACUUUUGAGUACCUGCUCCAUCUUUUUAGGUUGUGCCAAAUCUAUUUAUGGCGGUCCAGAUGUAUUUGUGGUGGCCCACAUUCCCAUGAACGUAUGGUAAACACUGAGAUGAUUAGCUUUUUCCGACUAAAUUCUCAUGCGAGCAUCGUCUGUAGCUAAAAUAUGUAAUUCUCUUUCGUUUCGUUGCCAAGAAGAGCUUCCUAAUAUUUUUUGUGCUCGCAGAAGAAGUCGUAGUUAACACUAGCGGUCGCGCUGUGGUUUUCAAAGCUAGUCCGAGAGGGGCCUGACAGAAAGUGAUUGUGGCCGUGGUUGCGUUGGGAGGGAUUGCGCAGGGUUGGAGCUACAGUAGUCUCGGUCGCAGCAGAGAGGUGACGUACGGAAGGGCAGGGGUGAAAGUGGGGUGGUGGUUGAAAAGCACCGGUUCUGUUUAGGCAGAGAGAGAAGGCAACUCUAUCUUUAACGGGACUCCAAUGGUAGCGAGGUGGCACUGAGCAGGUUGAUAGUAACACUGAGGCCGAGUGGCUGGCAUGGGAGCCUUGCUGAUGCACGCAUUCAAAUCUGACAUCUUGCUGUCGCUGUACCUUUUUCAGUAAGGAUGAAAUUACUUUUAACGCGGGGCGGCAUACACCUGGAAGAGCCAUCUUGGUUCAGAGCCGGUACACCACCAAGCUGAAUGGGACAAACACGUAGAGAACCAAUAGGGCUGUUGCUUGUAUUUGCUGCUUUAUUUAACUUUCAUUUCUUAUAGCUGAUGAUACAAACAGAUAGUAGCCCACCUGAGAAUUCCUGCUGGUUUAGUGGAAGCCUUCCCUUCUCUCUUUAUGGUAUAUGCCAUAGUAAUUGCAUUUGAAGUGAUUUUUAUUUAACAUUAUCUUGAACUUUGUUUUGACAUGGCUGUAGUACAUUUUGUGUUUUUGUUUUUUUUUAUUAGAGAUUGUUGCAAUAAUUCUUGUGGAUGUUCUAUCAGAAUGUGUGUUUUAUUUGUUGUCAGGCUCAUUUCUACUACGAUAUUUAGUAUUCAGUGUGUUCAACGCACAGUAAUCCAAUGGGGCCCUAUAUGGCAGGGGUGUCCAAAGUGCAGCCCGGGGGCCAUUUGCGGGACACGGCUGUUUUUGUAUUGGCCCGCGGCACAUAUAAAAAAACUAAAACUAAAAUAACAACAAUCAGCAGUCAUUUUACAACCGUAAAGUCAAAACAUUAAGAGAAAAAGUGGUAAUAUAAUGAGAAAAAGUCAUAAUUUUAUAGGAAUGAUGUCAUAAUUUUAUGAGGAAAAAUAACGUCAUUUUAGUAGCAUAAAGUUGAAAUAUUGAAGGAAAAAUUGCCAUGAUAUUAUGAGAAACAAACUAAAUAAAGUUGUAAUUUUUGGAAAAUUGGGUUGAGGACAAUUUUGAAUCGUAUGUCACAAUAUUACAAGGAGAAAAUUUAUAAGAAGAAAAUCCGUAAAAAAAAAAAAAAAUGGCAAAAAUGGAAAAAACAGCUGUAAUUUUAUGAGAAUAAAGUCAAAAUAUUAAGAGAAAAAAAGUCACAAUUUUACGAGAAUAAAUUGUAAUAUUAUCAGGAAAUAUAAUGUCAUUUUAGUAGCAUAAAGUUUAAAUAUUAAAGAAAAAAUAUGUAUUAUUUAAGUUGGGAUAUUAGGAGACAAAUAAAAUAAAGUUGUAAUUUUUGGAAAAUAUGGUUUGGGAAAAAGUUAUAAUAUUAUAGGAAUAAACUCGAAAUAUUAUGGGAAUAUAGUCAUAACAUGAGAAGAACAUUUGCAGGAAGAAAGUUGAAAUAUUUGGGAAAAAAACAAAAAAUAAAAACCCAGCAAAAAUGGGGGAAAAAGAGCAAAGAUGGAAGUUGAUACUAAUAAGAGGCUUUUUGACCUAUACCUGAGAUGCUGAGAUGCAGUUUUUUCUUGAAAUAUAUAGUAUAUAAUAUAGUAUAUAUAACGUCUUCCCAUAUCUGUUUACAAAAUAUCAAAGUGGCCCUUGCCUUCUUUCAUUUUUCAGUAUGCGGCCCUCGGUGGGAAAAGCUUGGACACCCCUGCUAUAUGGAAUAUGUGUAUUUUGAGGAGGCCACUCUUGGGGUUGGUUAUUGUUUAAAGAAACCUUUUUUUCCGCGUCCCAGAGCGCCAUUUCAUGCUGGCACUUGUUUCCCCAUCACUCUCCAACACCCCCAGCAUGCAAGCCUGAGGUUCGGAUACUUAACCAACCAUUAUUGUGUAAUCCUACUCUGAUGUUUAACAUCUACUAGCGGCCGUGUCGGCCUCAGCACACAUGCAGAAGGGACAUCCAUUGAAAUUGUUAUGAGACAGACUACUGAAACAUUCCACUGCUUAAGGGAAUUUAGCAUUUUGGAUGCUAGACUGCUGUUCUUUCCCCCCCAACCCCAUCUCUCUUUAGUUCACUGUUCACACACUUGUCCCACCAAAGAGAUCAGAUCGACCGUGUGCAAGCACAGCUCACCGCAAGCAACAGCAUACAGGCACUAACUCUGCAUAUUGCAUAUUAAAAUGCUUUACAAAUGCUUUUAUGGAUAUUUAAGCUUGUGCUUAAAAUACGCAAGUACAGCAUACAGGUGGUUCUUGGGUUAUGGACGAGUUCUGUUUCUAGACUGUGAUGUGAACUUAUUCCUAAAUGAAUACAUAAGUCACUCCCAAAAUGCACAGAACACAUGAAGGACAUAUAAAAGAGAACAGUGAAAGUCAUACAAUACAGUGUUCCCUCGUUUAUCACAGGGGAUAAGUUCCCAAAGUAGCCCGCAAUAAGUGAAAUCCACAAAGUAGCCAACUUAAUUUUUUGUACAAUUAUUAUAUAUGUUUUAAGGCUGUUGAACCCUCAUGAUACACUUUAUACACUUUUCCCAGACAGGCAUUAACAUUUUCUCACAUUUCUCUCUUGUUUAAACACUCUGAAAGUUCAAAUUUCGUUUGAAUUUUAAUGAUCAAUCUACUAGGUUGGACACAAAAAAUUAUUAAGUGACUCACGCGUAUUUCACUCCUAUGACCGUUCCUAUUCGUCCUGGUGCCGCUCGGCUGUAGUGUUUUUGUAUCCUUGUUAAAACAUAUUACACAUAUCCGUAAUGGCGUCCUACAGCCGGUUAGCUGCUGCUUCUUCUGUUAUUUAUUGGCGGUUAGCAAGCAGCUCACACAGUCAGCAAAUUUGCUGGCAAUGACAGAAAACGGCAUGAAGCAGAUUGAUUGACAGUGGUCUACAGCCAAUCAGGACGCAGAAGACAAUGGGCGGUGCAGACAGAAGAGAAGGAAGAGAGAGAGUAAAGCAACCUCGUGCUAAAGCCCAGAACGACAACACUCAACUUCCCACAAUGCAAUUCUUAAAGAGACAGGCUCGGCAUUCAUACGAGGGGACACUGUCAUUAAAAUGCAAAACAGGCGUGCUGAAAGUGCGGCCCGGGGGGCAUUUGUGGCCCGUGGCUGUUUUUUUAUUGGUCGACAGCACAUUCUUAAAACACAAUUUAACAAGAAAACUAAAAAAAAACAAAACAACAACAACAGCAAAAAAUGAAAAAUCUGCAGUAAUUUUACAAUAAAGUCAAUAAAGUCAAAAUAUUAAGAGGAAAAAAGUUUUAACGAGACAAAGCCAGAAUAACAUAAUAUUAUGAGGACAAAUAAUUAUAAUAUAAGAAUUACAAGAAGAAAAUUUACAAGAAGAAAGUUGAAAUAGUUGGGAAAAAAAAUUUGCUGUGAUUUUAUUUGACAAAAGUUAAAAUAUAAGGAGAAAAAAGUUGUAUUCAAACCAGAAAAUAAGCUGCAAUUUUACGAGGACAAACUGAAAAUAAAAUUAAAAUCAAAUGGUCGUUUUUUGGAAAAUUAGCUUGGGGAAACAGUUAUGAUAUUAUGGGAAUAAAGACAAAAUAUUAUGACAAUAAAGUCGUAAUAUUACAAAAAGUAAAUGUAUCGAGAUUAUUUAAGAAGAAUAAAAAAACAGCAGCAAGAAUACAAAGAAAAUAAGCAAACACUGAAGUUAAUACUUAUAAUACACUGUUUCACUUGAGAUGAGAUGCACUUUUUUUAAAUAUAUAGAACUUCUUAGCAUAUCUACAAAAUAUCAAAGUGGCCCUUGCAUUUUUCACUACUAAAGUCAGGACACCUCUGAUUUAAAACCUCCUUACUUUUACCCCUAUGGAUGUCCAACCUUCGUAAAAUAUGGUAUAAUAUUGGUAUAUAUCAUAUUUCUUAAAUAUUCAAGUCUAGUCUGGAAGGACUCCCAGAUCGUCUUGUAACAGCGCUCAGAAUCCAUGACCCGUCUCGCAUUCAUUAGCAUUCAAUCAUCUUUAUCCUUAAUGACAGUCACCACAGUCGAUCUGUUCGGACCAAAAGAGCGAUGACAGUUUUUUAUGAUGUUCAUUUUAAAUGGCGACGACUUUUCUUUUCUUUGGCGCACUGCUGCUUGGGAGACAUAGUGACAUGUAAAAAGUGAACAAAUAAGCGCUGUUAUCAACAGUGUGGCCGAGCAGGCACACACCGCUUCCAAACAGUUCUCGAACGAGUGUCGUAGUCAUGGAAGAUUUGAAAUGAAUUCAUGGGAAAGCCAUAAACCGAGGACCACCUAUACAUGAAUUUACUUUGUAUUGCCACAGCGUGACGGGGCACGCCUCCAGCUUGGCCCCCAUCUCCAAAUUAGUUCAAUGAUAUCUACUCUAAAGAUGCAUAUGCCACGAUUGUUCUUGCUUUGUUUUGUUUUUUUAAAAAUACUUUUCUUACUAGUCUGCUAUGGAGGAGAAUGGAAGAAAUCCAUUGUAGAAAAAUGACCAACAAUACCUUUAAAAGCAUGGACACCUGCACAACCUGAAUGUAAUAUGUGACAUUUGACAUCUUAAAUAGCUUUCUCUUUACUGAAGGUGAUGUGUCAUUGAAUUACCAUGCAUUUUGCAAUAAUUCUACAUCUCCAGCAAGAGCGUGUUUGGUAGAAAUCUUGUAAAACGACCACUAUCCUUGUGAUUAGAGCUUGUCUAUUUUCUCAAAUUAAUAUAUCCAGCUAAGACGUAACAUUGUGUGUAUGAUGCUUAUGUCUAUCAUUUUGUUGCAGAUAACCAAUGUUUUGUGUUUUAUAAGAGAAAAAUCAAAAAUGUGAGCAUCGAUGUAGAUUGAGUGACCUUAUGAUUACCAAAAUGUGCUUCAAAUAGCGUGUGCAAAUGUUUUGUGUUGUUAAAGUGAGCCUAGCCUUCCCGUCUAGUACUGUUGUCAAAAUAACCAACAAUACCUCCAAAGAUUUAAAGUGUCAUUUCAAUUAGACAAAAGGCUUUCUCCAAUUAAUUCUAUUGAAUGUUGCUCCUGAUCAUGUGCUAAAAGGAAAAAGAGAGUAAACAUUCCAGUGGGGAUGACACAUCUAACACAGGUCUAGUGUAAGGAUUAGUGCAGGGGUGUCCAAAUUGUGGCCCGGGGGCCAUUUGCAGCCCUCUGCUGUUUUUUAUUGGCCCGCUGCACAUUCUGAAAGUAAUAAUAAUUUAACAACAAAUCUAAAAAAAAAAAAAAAAAACAA